AUGUGCCCAAGUAAGCCAACUCCAGCUCCAAGCACAACAGGUCGAAGUCAAUCAACUCUAGCUCCAAGCACAGCAGGUCCAAGUCAAUCAACUCCAGCUCCUGUCAAGAGAACUCCUGUGAAGAAGGCUCCUGUGAAGAGAAGUCCUAUGAAGAAGGUUCCUUUGAAUGAUGCUGGUAGGGUGAGAAAGUUUUCAGAAAGAAUCACAGAAAUUGGUCUUCAGAAAAAUGUCAAACUCAAGGAUGGAACUGGAUGCAGCCAAGACAAACCUGUGACUUUAGAGUAA